GCACUGACUGGCGGCACUGACUGGCACAACCCCUGGGCACUGACUGGUGGCACUGACUGGCAGCACUGCUGGGCUGCACUGGUGGGCGGCACUAGUGGGCAGCACUGGUGGGUGGGCACAGGUGGGUGGCACUGGUGGGCACAGGUGGGUGGCACUGCUGGGCACAGAUGGGUGGCACUGCUGGGCACAGGUGGGUGGCACUUCUGGGCACAGGUAGGUGGCACUGCAGAGUGGCACAGGUGGGCGGAGCUAGUGGGCGCACUGCUGGGCACAGGUGGGCGGAACUUGCGGGCGGCACUGCUG